AUGGCCGACUUCCGCGCUUCUCUGGACCACCUCAAAGACUUCCAAGCAAACGAGCGCCUUGAGAUCGAUGGCAGUGCCGAGCCCAAUGAAGAAGACAUCUCAGAAAAUUCCGUGGAAGAGAUGACCGACAGAGAAGUCGACUCUGGACCUAGCACAAAUCGCGGCAUCCAAGUCAAAUUCCAAGUUGAGCACCGCUGA